AUGUCGCCAUCAGAAACGGCCAGCCUAGUGCUAUCGGCAGUAAGCUUUGCCAUUCAGCUUUAUCACCUGGGCGACCAAAUCUCUGCUAGGUUUCACUCCACUAGCCCGGACGACGCUGAGCUGCGCGAGCUGAGUAUAGCAAUACUGGACGAAUCUGACCACUCUAAAGUACUGAGCUCUAUUCUGUGUGACAAAGGGAAGUUUGGGCUCACGGACAGCAUUUUCGAGUCCCUGGAUCAGAACAAUAAGAAGAUACUGCUCGCAGUCCUUGAACAGCUUUCUGGAGUCUGGACUGAAACCAACGAAUUUGCGACAGCCAUAUUUGAGCGGGCUAAAAUAGCGAAACCACAGGUCACUCCCAGUCAACUGGAGAGCGGAGAAAACAAUGAUUUAUUACCUCUAAGACAUCGCGCUGAAGCGGAGCGGCUAAAACGACAGCUCGAAAUUGCAACCAACUUGAACCGACGUUUGGAAAGACGUAUACAAACUUUCAGCUGGCUCUAUAGUGUUGAUGGAGCGUCUCCUGCACAGAGUAUUGACAGACUGGAUAAAAUCGCAAAAGACAGCCAUGCACAAAGACUUGGCUGGAGCCGACCCGCAGAGUUACGGCAAUUAGUAUUGGGCCUCAGAAAUCCAAAUAUUGAUCGGACGUCGCUUCCCAUUCCACAGGCUCUUGAAAUAGACGGAGCAUGUAUCUCAGGCUUAGGAACGCUACGCGAUGGCGAUUUAUCUGGGAUGAUGGAUCGACGAAAGGUCUUGGUCGAGUUCUUGCCUUCUUUUCAAAUGUCUGGAGACACUUCGCAAGAGGCAACAAAAAAAGGGUUAAAGAGCUAG